CCCGCUUGGCAGGAAAGCACAGCCUCGGAGCAAAGCACAUGGUAAACAACCAGUGACCCACAGACGUGCAUCUUUGUGCCGGAUUCCACAGCCCCAGCUCUUAGGAAAAAGAUGCUGUUCAGCUCCUGCCUGCUCUGGAAAACACUGAUUUUUAUAAGUUUAGCAGUGCUACUUACAGAUUUUACUGAAAUCAGAGCUUUUGCCAAUCCAAGUGAAUGUAAAAGUGCAACCAUAGAUGAUAUGAAUGAGAGUCUUGAGAAAUAUUCGAAAUGCUUUAAUGAAAUGAUUGCCAAAGGUGAAAAAGCUCCAAUCAAUUCCCUUGUCUGGAGACUGCAAGAAACACUUGAUCUCCUGCGCCCUGUUCAAGAGAAAUUUUGCAAGCAGCUGCCUCCGUGCCCACGCCCCCUAGCUCCUAGAAAUGGCGGGCUGGUGUGUGUCACCAUUGACAAUGCUCAGUACUGCAAACCCAUGUGCAACAAGGGCUAUGACUUCCAGUUCCUCAGAAGAAGCAGAUUGUAUGAAGUAUGUGGCAAUGCCACCGGGUUUUCCUGGACAUCCCAGCUUUUUGGAGGAAAGGCACUGGCUGUUUGUAACCCCUCUGAGAUGGCCGUCAGUGGAGCAAAAUCUGCCUAUUUCCCCGCCAACAGCACUUGUCUGCACACCUUAGCCUUCACUGAAACUCAGACAGAGCAUCUAAACACCUUCCUCAAAGAGCUUGGUGAUCAAGGCAUCGACAGCUCCAGCCGUGACAAGGAGGCUGAUUGUAUCAUCUGUGGUUAGUAGCACCAAAAAGCUUGUGCCACAGACCAACCAGGCGUCUGCAAUUUGAUGUGGGUAUGUUGAAAAGUGAAGCAGUGAAAUAAUUGCUAAGAUGUGUAAACAUACAGCUUUUAUUUAGUUAAAGGACUAGAGAUCAUAGUCAUAACUUGACUUCAGCUCUUGGGUACAGAUAUACAGGCUAAACCUAAUCACAUAGCUCAUGACAGAGGUGUUUCAAAGCAGGAUCACUUUUAUGGCUCAAAUUUGUCUAGCUAGAAUUGAAUAAGAAUUAGAGUUGUUUCAUGUCUUAGUCAUUAGUUAAACACAAUAAUUGUUACCAGAAAUCAUCGUCUGUCAGGGAUCAUCUUUACUGAGACAGGGCCGUACAUUUAGUUGCUUUUACAGUUAUCAAUUAAUCACUAUUGUUGCUCUGAUGACCAUUAAAGCAAUGCAAGUCCCGACAGUUACUGGCUGUAGGGGUAUAAUUCUUUAUUCAUGUGCGUGCUUGAUUGGAGGUUAAAUCAGGUUUUAUGUACAGCUGUUCAAGGUGCUGUGUUUUGCAUGAGCUACAGACUUGAAGCACUGCAGUUUGUUGGUUGGACAACAAAGAUUUCUUCUGUGUUUAUCACCUUAGGACAUCUGACAGAAGACGUAGCCUUUAGGUAUACUUCAAUGCAUUUCUAAGAGUUGAAAAGUGCUCUAUAUGCUUGUCGUAACAAGGCAAAAUGGCAGGAAAAAAUGUACCAUCUUGGUCCAGUACAAAAUUUGAGAAUGGGGAUUGCCCUAAACUAGCAGGUAUUUUCAUCAUGUCUUCUCUGCCAAAAAGAUAAGGGAGGUGAAUGUUGAGGGACUUGCAUGAGAAUCAUUCUGGUUAGUGUGCCAGGGAUCAGCUUCAGCCUCCUCUGUUUGGUCCCUUUGGGUCAAAACCAUGGUUGCUAUGGAAAAAAAGUCCUAUCUACCCUUGGUUUGCUCUGACAAUGGCCAUGCCCACUGUUGGGAUCUGGGGCUGCAAGCGCUCUUCUGUGCUCACACUUCCUUGCAAUCCCUGGGCAUAUGCAGCACACACACCUAUGGGGCCUCCCUGAGGCAAAGGCUGUGGUUACCACAAACUAUGGCUUAGCUCCAGAGAGAAAGCACAAAACAACACGGUCUGGUUGGUAAAGGGGUUGGGACAGGCCAUAUUUUUGCUAGAGUUGUAGGGUUUUGGGCUGACCAGCUGAGAUGCUUUGAUCUCAGCACUCUAGUGCCAGGGCAGUUGCUGGUUCUAGCCCAAGAUUUGCAUAGGUUCUGGCUAGUCCUCCUCCUUUUUUUUUCCUUUUUUUUUUUUUUUUUUUUUCCACCUCCUCGUUUUAUUUCCAAAUGUGGACUAAAUGUGGAUGGGUUUGCUGUUGCCAGAGUUAGCAGAAAUUUAGUUGGUCAUCUGAUUUGAUAACAGCCUUAAACAUGAACAAAUAUACAAGUGACUUUUUUUGUUGUUGUUGUUGAUUCUUCUAAUGAAAUAAAAAACCCAACAUUUUCCUGCUUCAA